GGUGGCUGUAAAUUUAUUAUUAUUUCCAAUACAUAUAUGUACAGCAUCUAGUCCGCUUUUGUCCUAUUAGCUGAGCAGGUAAGAGAAUUCGUCAAGACGUUUUAUCGCCGACGUAUCGAAUUCAUGCGAGGGUACGCAUCACAUUGAAAUUCUUUGUAUAAACUGGACAGGGAACGAUGGAGCAAAGUUAGAAAGAGAUGAUAAAAUAAAAAGAAAGCGACGCAUUCUUGGACAAGCUCAGCUCGAAAAGGUCCAGAUACAUAGUCUGCAAAAUCAAUCUGUGCAAUGUACAAAUGGUUGAAAAAGUACAAUCAAUUUGUGAUAAAGAAAAAGCUGUAUGUUAAAUGUUACUCUGAUGACCUUAAAAAGUGUAAGAUCAAAACAAAUCAACCCGGAGCUUUCGAUGAUAUUCCUGGACCGAAAUCUUUACCUGUCAUUGGAACACUUUACAAGUAUUUACCGUUUAUUGGCGAAUAUAGUUUUACAAAUUUAUAUGAAAGUGGAAGAAAAAGGUUGAAGCGUUUUGGGCCGUUAGUACGUGAAGAAAUAGUACCUAACGUAAAUGUUAUAUGGGUAUUUAGACCAGAAGAUAUAGCUGAAAUUUUCAAAGCGGAAUCAGGAUUACAUCCAGAAAGAAGAAGUCAUUUAGCUCUUUUAAAGUAUCGAAAAGAUCGUACAGAUGUAUACAGGACUGGAGGUUUAUUACCCACAAAUGGACCAGAAUGGUGGAGAUUACGAAAAGAAUUUCAGAAAGUUACUAGCAAACCUCAAGAUGUAAUGAAUUAUUUAAAAGAAACAGAUCAUGUUAUUCAAGAAUUUGUUGAGUUAUGUAACAAUGAAAAAUUUGAAGAUUUCUUACCAAUUUUGUCACGCUUAUACCUUGAGUUGACAUGUUUGGUUGUUUUUGGUAUAAGAUUGAAUAGUUUCUCAAAAGAAGAAAGAUGUGAAAAUUCUAAAAGUUCUAAGUUAAUUAAGGCUGCCUUUACAACAAACAGUGUAAUUUUAAAGUUAGAUAAUGGUUUGCAAUUAUGGCGCUUUUUUGAAACACCAUUGUACCGAAAAUUACGCAAAGCACAAGCAUAUAUGGAAAUGGUUGCUUUAGAACUGGUAUCACAGAAACAAAGGGACAUGAAAUCACAGCAUAACAAAUCAUUUCUAAAUGCUUAUUUAGAAAAUCCUGCUCUGGACAUUAAGGAUAUUGUGGGCAUGGCUUGUGAUAUGUUACUUGCUGGUAUAGAUACUACCACUUAUAGUACAGCUUUUGCUUUAUAUCAUCUUGCAAAGAAUCAAGAUAUUCAAAACAAAUUAAGGAUUGAAACUCAACAAUUGUUAGCUCAUCAUAAUCAACCAAUAACAGCAGAUAUUUUACGAAAUGCUUUUUAUACCAAAUCUGUUAUUAAGGAAAGUUUACGAUUAAAUCCUAUCUCUGUAGGAAUUGGCCGUAUAUUACAAACUGAUGUUGUUCUUAAUAAUUAUCAAGUACCUAAAGGGACUGUUGUUGUCACACAGAAUCAAAUUAUUUGUCGUCUUCCUAAGUACUUUAAUAAACCAGAUUCAUUUAUACCAGAGAGAUGGCUGCGAGAACAUUCAGAAAGCAGCAAUAAAAUAUACCGUGGAAAAUCAAUACACCCAUAUAUAUUGUUACCUUUUGGUCAUGGUCCUAGAUCUUGUAUUGCUAGACGUUUUGCAGAACAAAAUAUGCAGGUGUUAUUACUAAGAAUGUGUCAACGGUUUAAAAUUUCUUGGCAUGGAGAUGAACUUGGAAUGAUAUCUUUAUUAAUUAACAAACCAAAUGCGUCGUUAAAAUUCAAUUUUCAUGAAAUUUUAGAAACCAAUGGUGUUUAUAUUAAGGAGAAUGAUGAAGUUUAA